CUUGACGUGCGGUUAUCCAGAAAGUUCUGGCAAGAGCUGUCUCUGACUGAAGAAACGAGGGCACAGGUAAACACUCUGUCUGCAGAGGGAAUCAUAUUCAGCCUUGAAAAUGUCUGUUAUUUCCGAGGAAAACGUUCGAGGUGGGAGCGUUUUCAAGGAUAUUAGCGCCGACGACGAAGACUGGCAGCCCACCGAGAUCGAAAGCCUGUGUAUGAACUGCUACCAGAACGGUACGACACGUUUGCUUCUGACCAAAAUACCAUUUUUUAAAGAAAUAAUCGUCAGCUCUUUCAGCUGCGCUAACUGCAGCUGGUCAAACACCGAAAUACAAUCCGCAGGCCGUAUUCAAGAGCAAGGCGUUUGUUACACACUGAAAGUCCGAACAAAACAGGACUUGAACCGAGAGGUUGUCAAAGCAGAUUGUGCCACCACCAGGAUCCCUGAGCUGGAUUUCGAAAUUCCUCCCUUUACCCAAAAAGGCUCGCUGUCCACGAUUGAGGGUCUUUUAGACCGAGCAGUCGCUGGGCUGGAACAGGACCAAGCUGUCAGGAGAGCCACUGAUCCGGAGGUGGCUGAGAAAAUAGAUGAAUUUAUCCAGAAGCUGAGGAAGCUCAAAGAGGUUGAAAAUGAAUUCACGCUGGUGAUUGAGGAUCCAUCUGGGAACAGUUUUGUGGAAAAUCCAGUGGCCCCUCAAAAAGACGAGGCUCUCACCGUGUCUUUGUUCAAGCGGACGAUCCAGCAAGACAAGCAGCUGGGAUUAAGGGCCGAUGAUGACUCGGAUGAGGAACCUGCAGGCAAUGACCUGGACACUAUGAGAAAUGAAGUUCUGGUCUUUGACACCAACUGCCCUGAGUGCAACGCGCCAGCCUCAACCAACAUGAAGCUCGUUCAGAUCCCUCACUUCAAGGAGGUCAUCAUCAUGGCCACUAACUGCGACAGCUGUGGCCACCGGACCAACGAGGUGAAAUCAGGUGGAGCCACAGAGGAGCUCGGCACCAAGAUCACCCUGAACAUCACCGACUCUUCAGACAUGACCCGAGACGUGCUCAAGUCGGAGACGUGCUCCGUCAUGAUCCCGGAGCUGGAGUUUGAGCUGGGGAUGGCGGCUUUGGGUGGGAAGUUUACGACUCUGGAGGGGCUGCUAAAAGACAUCAAGGACCUGAUUGUGGCCAAAAACCCAUUUGUCUGCGGCGACAGCGGCACUACAGAUCGUGUGCAGAAGCUGAAUGAGUUUGGAGCAGUGCUUGACAAGGUCAUCGCAGGUGAAAUGAAUGUCCACAUCAUCCUGGAUGACCCAGCAGGGAACAGCUAUUUGCAGAACGUGUACGCCCCAGAGCCUGACCCUGAGCUGAUUACUGAGAAGUACACCCGCUCUUUUGAGCAGAAUGAGGAGCUCGGCCUGAAUGACAUGAAGACUGAGGGGUAUCAAGAGGAAAACUGAACUCCCAGCAGCAGCUGAAAGGACUACAUGGGUCGUAAACUUAUGUUUUGUCGUAAAACCGGUGUAAUUACAUUGCUCCAUAUUUUCUGCCUUUUUGAUAUGUUUUAAGUUUAACACUGGGUGAAUGGUUGCUUCCGUCAGUGAGAAGAAUUCUAAGUUGUUUAAAUGUGCAUGCUUUUAAACAGAAAAGCAUAUAAGUAACUUCAUUUGUACAUAGAUGGUGCCAUUAUUAAACAGGAUACCUCUGACUCAGUUCAUUGCAUUCUUGUGACAUCCCAGAAGAUGGCGCUGUGUUAUCUCUGAUUAAAAGAAGUUUUUCUUUCAGUGGACCACA